CCUAUCAUAAAGCGUGUUUAGUUUAAUGGCGGAUGGUGUUCUGUGUUGAAAAUGGGUUUAGAAAGUACAAUCGUUUGUGUAGAUAACAGUGAGUUCAUGAGAAAUGGAGACUUUAUUCCUACUCGAUUACAAGCUCAACAAGAUGCUGUUAGUCUUGUGUGUCAUUCUAAAACAAGGUCAAAUCCAGAGAACAAUGUUGGACUACUAACUUUAGCUAAUCCUGAAGUUUUAGCAACUUUAACUACAGAUGUUGGUCGAAUUUUAAGCAAACUUCAUCAAAUUCAACCAAAUGGUACAAUAAACUUUUUAACUGGAAUAAGAAUUGCUCAUUUGGCACUAAAACAUCGUCAAGGAAAAAAUCAUAAAAUGAGAAUAGUUGUUUUUGUUGGAAGUCCAGUUGAAGCUGAUGAAAAAGAGUUGGCACUAAAACAUCGUCAAGGAAAAAAUCAUAAAAUGAGAAUAGUUGUUUUUGUUGGAAGUCCAGUUGAAGCUGAUGAAAAAGAGGCAACAAAUUCUGAAAAACUGACAUCAUUUAUAAAUACUAUUAAUGGAAGAGAAGGCACUGGUUCACAUCUUGUAACAGUUCCUCCUGGACCUCAUCUGUCAGAUGCUUUAAUAAGCAGCCCUGUAAUUCAAGGUGAGGAUGGAUCUGGUGGAAUUGGAUUAGGCAGUACAGGCUUUGAAUUUGGUGUAGAUCCUAAUGAAGAUCCUGAAUUAGCACUGGCACUUAGAGUAUCCAUGGAAGAGCAAAGACAACGUCAAGAAGAUGAAGCUAGAAGAGCUGCAGCUCAAUCUUCCAAUGGUGGACAAAAGGCUAAUGAUACUACAAAUGUUACUCCAACUCCAGCCCAACAUGGUUCUAGUGAAGAAGCUUUAUUGGAAAAAGCUCUUCAGAUGUCAUUAGAAUCAGAUAACACUCAGUCUGGAGUAGGAACUUCUGCAUCCACCAUUCCAGAUUUUGCUAUGAUGACAGAAGAUGAACAAAUUGCUUAUGCUAUGCAAAUGUCUUUGCAGCAUGCUCAUGAAAGUGGGUCAUCUACAGCAAACGAUGAGCCUACCCCAAUGGAUGUAGAUUCACAAGGAAGGGAAGAAAUGGAUGAUUAUAGUGAUGUAAUGAGAGAUCCUGAAUUUUUACAAAGUGUUCUUCAGACUUUACCUGGCGUAGAUCCUCAAAGUGAAGCAGUUAGAAAUGCCAUGGGUACUUUAACUCAAGGGGAAAGUAAUAAAAAAAAUCCUGCAAGUAAUACAGGUCAAGAACAGCCUAGUAAAAAGAAAAAGGAGGAUGAUGAUGAGAAAAAGGAUAGUGGAAAAAAAUGAUUAUGUAUAAGUUAAAGAUAUCAAAAUGAAUUAAUUGUAAAAAAAAA